AUGCAGGCCCCAACAAGUGGCAGGGCCACGGUCUGUGGCUACGAUGUUUCCAGCCAGCGCUACCAGGUACGCCAGCGGGUCAGCUUCUGUCAGCAGACAGACAUCUUCUUCGAAGACAUGACUUGCACCGAGAACGUCUACUACUUUGGAUCGCUCAAGGGAGUGAAGUACGAGCGGCUCGCGCAAUCCAUCAAGGACACCCUGCGUUUGGUCCGACUGGACGACAAGGCUUCAAGCUUGCCCAAAACGCUCAGUGGCGGCAUGAAGAGAAGACUGAGCAUAGCUAUGACCCUUGUUUCUGAGCCAGAGCUGCUCAUUUUGGACGAGCCAACGGCGGGCAUGGAUCCGGAGACGAGGCGGACUGUGUGGGAUACCUUGACAACCGUGGCGAAGGAAAGAACUCUCCUACUCUCCUCUCAUGACAUGGAGGAAGCUGAUGCCAUCGCCGACCAGAUAAUCAUCAUGGCGUCCGGUGGGACCGUCUGCAGCGGAUCGACAGCCUUUCUGAAAAAAGCAUGUGGCGUCGGAUACAAGCUCACGUUCUCCAAGGUGCCAAAUGCUUUCAAUCUCGAUGAAGUUAUGCAUAUCGUCCGCAAGACUACACCUGCGGCGGUCAUCGAUGAUGAGAAGCAAGAAGAGGUGUCUAUCGCGCUGGGCACUUUGGACAACAAGGAGUUCCCGGCGAUGUUCAAGAAGCUCGAAAGCUCCUUCCAACGGCUCGGCAUUGCAAGCAUGGGAGUGAUAGUUGCAUCAAUGAAGGACGUCUACCUCAAGAUAAACCUGGACUGGUCACCAGGAGGAAAAGCCCGAGAACGACCAGUAGAAGGCAAAGACAUCGACGGUGUCUGCAAGCCAAUUACAAAACGGUGCACGAUGGCCAGGUCGUUUUUUGCCCUUACCGUCAAGCGACUCAUAAGCCUGGUGCGCACCUGGGAUGGGUUCAUAUUCUUUUUCCUGGUUCCAUUGGCACUGGUGGGGAUGACUGAGUUGACUCUGGAAGGUAAAAACAAGGCUACCCCGGUGCGCCAGUAUAACGAAACUUACGACAUCCCUAUAGAACUAGGCGUCCACUUCCCGAAAUCCCACACCGUGAUCGGCGAGUCAUCGUCCAACGACUUGAGCCGAAACCUACGGACACUCGUGGAGGCUCAAGGCUGCAGUGUGCACUCCUCAAAAGAUGUGGAGAAAGACCUUCGCAAAUAUGCCGAGGAAGACUUUCCACGCUACAUCACCACUUACGCAUUGGCCGUGGCGUUUGAGUCGAAUGACAUCCGCAUGGUGCCCAACCCGACGAGCGCCCUGACACUUCCCGUCACCAUCAACUUGGUGGACACGGCUUGGCUGCGAGCACUGACGGCUCAGCCGGCAGCGCACAUCAACGUCACCUUCGCUUACGUGCCAACCGGUGCGAAAACGGCACUCCGUAGCGUCCUUAUGGCACACGCCCUCUCUUGGGUUUACUGGGUCAUGGGCCCGUCAAUGUCCUACUGUUGGGCCUUCUGCCAGUACUGCACGUUUCCACUGGCCGAGCGGUUGAGUGGAGCUCGAGACGUGCAGCUAAUGACGGGCCUCUCCGGCUUCGAUUACAUCUCCGCCCACUUUCUCUUCGACUUCAUCUACCACGUCCUCUUCACCGUUUCGUGGUGCGGCCUUCACUACGGUUUGAGCUCCUACUCACUAACCACAGCCGGCCUCUUCGUUCUCGGCUUUGUGUCCGCUGGGCCGCUUGUUAUUGCCCUUGGCUACCUGGCGGCGGAAUUCCUACAACCCGUCAUGACUGCAGCCUCUUGGCUUCUCGGGGGGCUCUACAUGGGAGCUGACCCUGAGCUACAUACAGUCACCAGCGGGGACGGUCUUGGAGCCGUCCUCGCGCAACGAAAGGCCGGCUACUCUGAAUACGUGGUCGCCUAUCUUCCACCAACCCCAUACCACAUUACGUCGGAGUGCACGCUCCACGACAUAGAACGUCACGACACGAACACAACGAGGGAGCAAUGGGAGGGACUGCCGUCCAGCUCGGCCCUCGACCACGAGCUCAAGCUGAUAAUCCAGAGAGCGGAGAAACUGGCAAGAGCCAGCGGAGCCCUGGAGUAG